CAUGACAAGCCUCGUGGCAAGAAGAAGGCGUUCCUUUGGGUGACGAAAAGAUCAACACAAGCUAGGUGCUCAGUACUAAAGAAGCCUAUUACCUCGGCCAUCAUGAGUGGAGCUGGUGUAGAGGAGCUGUACAAGAACUAUGGUAUACUAGCUGAUGCUGGAGACAAAGUAUCAGAGCAUGCUGAUGCCUUUGAAGGGAUCAUCAAAGCCACCAAAGGUUCGCUCAAUGAGAAGAAGUUAGCCUCGGGAUUCAUCACCAAAUUCUUCCGCUACUUUUCCUCUCUACAAGAGUCAGCCAUCGACGCUCUCCUGGACCUUAUUGAAGACGAGGAUGCUCAGAUCCGCCACUGUGCCAUCAAGAGCUUGCCUGAUAUCUGCAAGGGUGCUAAUGACAAGUCCCUCUGUACCAAGGUGGCUGAUGUGCUCACUCAGCUGCUACCAAUAGAGGACCCUACUGACCUUGGGCUGGUGAAGACAGGCAUGGUGUCUGUGUUGCAAGUGGACACUCAAGCUGCUCUGGCUGGUAUCUUUGGUCAGAUCCUGGGAGAGGAUGAGGGAGUGAGGGAGAAGGGCAUAGACUAUGUGUGCAACUCUCUGCCUAGUAUGAGACACAAACUGUUCAUACCUCACCCUGAGAAUGAAAAGUUUCUACUGGGACAGAUACAAAAAGUUCUGGCGGAUGUGACUGGGGAAGAGUUUGAGAGAUUCAUGGAACUGGCUGGCAAGCUGCAGUACGUCUCCACUCCAGAGGGCGGUCAGGAAAUGGUGAACCUGGUCAGCAACCAAGCAGAGCUUGGAGCAGACUUUCAGCCAACAGACUCUGAGUUUAUUGAUCGCUUUGUGACCUGUUUCAGACAAGCUCUCAAAUUUUGCAAGCGUGGUUCCACUGCUGCUCCAUUCGUGGAGUACUUGUGUUUGAAAGUGCUGCCCUCAUUGUCUCUUGUGGCAGAGGAGACAAGACAAGAGCUUUUGCAGUUACUGGCUGAAGGUUGCCUCUAUCAGUUGGACUCUGCUCUAUCUAUCACGUGUCUUCAACCUGUUUUCACUCUCCUCUUAGCUAAGAUGCCCCUCCCACCUGCCGAGGGAGAGGAGGUACCUAAACUACAGUUCUCUGUUGUUGAGUGUGCCCUCUUUGCUCUUCAUCAGCUACUACAGAGCAACAAAGACUUCCUCUGUGGAGACGAUGCAGUAGACAAACUCAAGGAUUUCAGACUAAGGUUGCAGUACUUUGCCCGUGGCUCUCAGACCUAUCAUGCUCAACUGUCUGCCUCCUUGAAAGGAAAAACAGCUCUAGAAUUGAGAGAUGAGCAGGCCAAGCUACGAUCAGUGGCCCUCAAAAUGACUGCCAACAUCAACUCUCUUGUGAGAGACUUCUUCCGCAAUCCUCCCUCCUACUCCACACGUGUACAGCUCUCCUGGGGUGCAAAGAAACCUGACCCUGUUGCCGGGGGUAUUCUACAGCGGAAGAGGAUCAGUAGCGAGGAAGUCUCUCCGGCUAAACGAAAGCAUUCUCCAAUCAGAUUUGAGUCGUCCGGUAAUCCAACAGAGGCUAAGGAGAAGAGAAACACGAUUUCCUAUUACGCUCCUCCCAAAGAUCAGUUUAGUAAGAAGUUCUCAAAUGGUGGAGAAUUCGAUGAGUCGUAUAGAGGUCGUAGAGGAGGUGGGCGUGGCUUCAAAAGAGGGCGUGGUCAACGAGGAGGACGUAGAUGGUGACACUCUUAUUAGAUUGAACUGUUUCUUUUCUAGAUAUUCACCAUUUCCAUAUAAUUAGUUUCAUACUCCCACACACACAACAACAUUACAUGUACAAUGCAUAAUUAUAAUUAUUCUCAUGAUUUCUUGUGUUAUAAUUAUACUGAACUUUA